GAGCUCACCCUCAGUUCAUCACAAGACGCCGCUGAUCGGCAAGCUAGCUAGCCAGGUGCCGAGCUGAACCGGGGGCGGGGAUGGAGGACACGGCGGCGACGCUGGCGGCGGAGCUGGACCGGCUGCUGGCCAUGGCGAGGGAGCUGGAGGCGCGCGUCGACGGCGACCAGGGCGCGCCGGGCGCCGCCAGGGAGCUCUGCGCGGCGCUGGCCGAGUCCGUCGACCGGGCCAUGCGCCUCGCCGGGAGCAGCCCGCGCGGAGGCGGCGGCGACGGCGAGGGCAAUGCCGGCACUGGCAGGGCGAGCGUGAGCGGGCAGGUCAGGGGCGGCAGGAAGGCGGGGGCGAACAAGGUGCGGACGCAGGUGCGGGUGGCGUCGGUGACGGACGCGGGGCCGCUCAGCGACGGGCUCAGUUGGCGCAAGUACGGCCAGAAGGACAUCCUCGGCGCCACGUACCCCAGGGCGUACUUCCGGUGCACGCACCGCCACUCGCAGGGCUGCCAGGCCACCAAGCAGGUGCAGCGCGCCCACGCCGACCCGCUGCUCUUCGACGUCGUCUACCUCGGCGCGCACACCUGCGCCCAGGCCGCCGCGAUCCUCGCCGGCCCGGAGCUGCAGCCUCCUGCCGCCUUCGGCCGGGAGUACCAGCAGAGCUCGCCGGUCGCGGCGCCGGAAGGGAUUCAGUGGCCGGUAGAGCCCGUGACGCCGCCCCCCUUCCCCUCCUCGCCGGCCAGCUGCUACACGCCGGGGAGCCCCUGGUGCCAGCCUGCCGGCAGUUACGGCUACGCUGCUGGCGGGGCUGACAUGGAGUACGACGCUGAGUUCGUCGAAAUGUUCUUGAAUCUGUCCGAGGUUCAGAACCUGUAGGUGCUGCGGCCAGUAUCGUACUGUACUAGCAUUUAGAUUCAGACUGGUGUGAUCGCCGGCCUGAGCAGACAAAUUUGCCGAAUUCUCAAGCAGGGGGUCUGCAUCGAACGAUAAGUAGUUAGUGUUAGUCCAACUGGUUCCGACCAGGUUAUUGAACAAGUCGUGAAGGAUGAUAGCCUGCUUGCCAUGGCGAGAGAAAAGAAGUGAACCAUCAACGUCCAGGGACUUUAAUUUGAUUCUGGCGUAGGCGAACCGUAGAGCAAAUAUGAAAAUAUUUGAAUCCUCA